GAUACACGAAGAGAUUCUGGUUCUAGUACACAACAUAGUGGGGGAAGUUCUUAUUUUUGCUGUCAAGAGACAGAUUGUAGAGCGCGUUACCCUCAACCAAUCACUAGUUUUAAAAGACAAAAAUGUCUCCGUUAUAAAAGGGACCGCCCGAUUUUGCGAUCAAAAUCCGAUAUCAGCGAUAGGUAUUGGAGAUCUGCGGAGCCCCCAGUGAGCCAUCUGGAACAAUUUUUUGAGCACCUCGGGCUUACCAGUGACAGUUUCGAGGAUAUGUUAAGCGAUAGCAGAUCCUCGGAUAGUCCUGUCUUUUUCUCGGAUGUAUCCACCGUCGAUUCAAGUCGACCCAUCGAUAACGUUGAUCACUGCCAACCUCAAGCAUUGAGGCCAAGCGAGCCCCCAUCCAUUGAUACACGAAGAGAUUCUGGUUCUAGUACACAACAUAGUGGGGGAAGUUCUUAUUUUUGCUGUCAAGAGACAGAUUGUAGAGCGCGUUACCCUCAACCAAUCACUAGUUUUAAAAGACAAAAAUGUCUCCGUUAUAAAAGGGACCGCCCGAUUUUGCGAUCAAAAUCCGAUAUCAGCGAUAGGUAUUGGAGAUCUGCGGAGCCCCCAGUGAGCCAUCUGGAACAAUUUUUUGAGCACCUCGGGCUUACCAGUGACAGUUUCGAGGAUAUGUUAAGCGAUAGCAGAUCCUCGGAUAGUCCUGUCUUUUUCUCGGAUGUAUCCACCGUCGAUUCAAGUCGACCCAUCGAUAACGUUGAUCACUGCCAACCUCAAGCAUUGAGGCCAAGCGAGCCCCCAUCCAUUGUGGAACGCAACGCUCGGAUCAUUAAGUGGUUGUGUAACUGUAGGAAGUCGCAAUUAUCAUGA